AGUGCUGUCUCUUUGUGUACUGGUGGACUCACUUUCUUGGUUCAUUGCAAAUGCAUGGUAAUGAUCAUGGAGGUAGAAAGCUGAAGAGGGGGUGGGACAUGACAACUAAUCCCAAGAACAAUGAAAAGAUGGCAGAGCUAGAGAUAUCUCGAUCUGGACAGACUCAUGACAUCCUCCAUCCCUCAACAUCUCUGGAGUGGGAGGAAUGGCCUCCUCUACCAGUGGUGAUGGUGAAUGCCUCUUCAGUGUAUCUGAAUGGAACACUCUAUGUCGGAGGAGGGAUUGCCAAUAGAUCUAGUGGAUUGAGAGAUGAUGCUGCACUGUACUCAUUCAAACCUGGAGUUGACAGCACAUGGACAGUGACAGUCACACCCACCUAUUGGUAUACCCUUGCCGUCCAUGACUUUGAACUGCUACUGGUGGGUGGGAAAGAGUAUCCUAUCAAAGAGAUAACAAACAAAGUCUUCACGAUGAGGGAUGGACAGUUUGUUGAAGUACUGCCUCCUAUGAAGGAGAGACGAGUGUCACCAUCUGCUGUCAGUAGUGGGUCUGCACUAAUUGUGGCUGGAGGGCGGAAUAUCUCAGGAGCACUCUCCUCUGUGGAAGUGUUCAAAGAUGGUCAGUGGACGACUGCUCCCUCCCUACCAAGUGCAGAGUUUGGCAUGCAGUCUGCUCUCCAUGGUGACCAGUGGUACCUGAUCAUGAGUCUAGGGAAAGUGUUCUGUGCAUCACUACAAUCACUCAUAUUUGGAGCCGACCAGUUACCAUGGGAGACGCUACCUGAUGCUCCUAAUCACUUUUCAGCUGCUGCCUUCUUUGGUGGCCAUCUCUUGUCUAUUGGAGGGGGUAUCCCUGCACCCACAACCAUCCAUGCCUUCUCCACAUUCACUCAGUCCUGGGAACAUGUUGCUGACCUGCCUCCAUUACUGUAUAGUAACCCAACAGCUGUUGCCCUGUCGAGCAAACAAUUAAUUGUGAGCGAUGGUGCUAGAGUACUUCACGGAAAACUUAAGGUGACUCCAUUUGAUGCUGACAGUCACUUCACUAUGAGAGCUAUUGAUCGCCUCAAAGUCUCAGCAGGAAUCUCUGUGAAAGAGGAGCUUGUACAACACGCCUCACGCACUGCCUUCCUAGCUGUUGCUGGUGUGUAUGUUCGGGAGAUGUACAACUACAUCUUGGGAGAGUGGGCGUCAGGACGUGGACCACACCCACCCACAUGGGCAGAGCUGUUCAGAGCUCUCAAGGAAAAGGGCUUGAGUGAGCUGGCUGGUCGGAUGGAGAAGUACUUGAGAGGGUCAGUUCUUGAGGACCCACCUCGACCACCCCCUGAUGAGGAAGGUGACUCAGAGGAAGAGAAAGAUGAUGAAACACCAGAGCAAGAAAUUCUGAGGCUAAACAAUGUGCUGGUUGAGUACAUUAGUGCUAAUACUCUACUGAAGAAGGAGAAUAUUCAAUUGAAGAAGGCGAAUAUCAACCCUGAGCAUCAUUUGAAAUCUGAGAAGGUGAAAGAAGAGCAACUAUACCCAGCUUCUAUCAAAGAGGAGCCAACAUUUGACAAAGAUAAUCAGUCGCCCUCAUCUCCCCUGAAGCAUAUCAAACAGGAAACCAUAGAGACCACUAAAGUGAAAAGUGAAGAACCAGUCUCACAGCUACUACCUUUGGAACUGUCCACUGUACAGCAUCAUGCAAUACCAUUCAACCUCCCUGGUGUUGAAGUUUUGGCCAGUACGUGUGUGAUUGUCACCAACUCACCCCAAAUCUUCCGCUGGGUUGGCUAUGGGUUCAAGCUCACCAUACCCCAGGGCUCCCUGCCAGCUGGUGUUGACCAGUGUCGACUAGACAUCAAGGCCAGUGUAGCUGGACAGUACCAGUUUCCUGAUAAUCUCCAGUUGGUCAGCGGUGUUAUCUGGAUACGUCCUUAUCCCUCGGGUCAAUUCCAACAGCAGCUAACAGUCGAGAUACAGCACUGUGCCAAUAUGACCAGCUCUACCAAGCUCUCAUUUGUGAGAGCACAUUGCUCCCAGAAGAGUCUGCCCUACACAUUCAAGCAACUUGAAGGGCGUGGCUCGUUCACUGAGCACAGCUCGUACGGUUGUUUGAGUGUGAAUCAUUUCAGUUCAUUUGCAAUAGCUGCGGAGGGUGAUGUUGAUCUACUUUAUGUCGCUAGUCUAUACUAUCUGAAGGCCGACCCUCGGACCGUUGAGAUUCAUUUCACAAUCAUCCCCAAUGAUGAAGUACAUAAUGCUGCAACACAACAUUAUUUCCAAAAGUUGGGGGCGGAACAGAAACUGAAUUUGGAAGUGGAGUUUGAAGGCUCAAAUAUUUCACUUGAUAUUCCAAUAUCCAGCGGUGUUGAUGUCAAUGAAUGGAGACUAAAACCACUUGUUAAACCAAAAAUAUCAAAGAAAUGGGUUGAUUCAUUCAAGCCGGGGAGAGCUGUUCCAUCCACAAAGCUGGUAGCGACACUCUCUGAGAGUAGCUGGGACUGCAAGGUACCAAGCCGCUCAUAUCUAACAACUUUGAAAGGAACUAAGGAGCCUGAUAACCAAAUAUGGAUUGUUUUGGACCCAGUGGAUCCAAAAGAAGAGACUAGAGAAUUGCUGAUGCAACUUCAGUCACAUGCGAUUCAUUACCCACCCUCCCUUGGGCCACCUCACUAUCCUGUGGCUUCACACUCUCGGAACAUGUCAGGCAUUGCUGUGAACGAGGAGGAUAAAGGAGAUGAGAAUCAAUUAGGCACUAAUGAUUUGCAAAAUGUGUUCUCUCAAUUGGUGGAGGCCGCUAAAGAUUGGUUUGAGUUGGGCCUCGCUUUGGGGAUUAAAGUUGACAUCCUUGAGGGCAUUGAUUCUAAUAAGAACAGCGAUAGAGCUCGCUUGCGUGAAAUGCUGACCCACUGGCUGCGAUCUUCACCUUCUCGUACAUGGAGUGACAUUUGCAAUGGCCUUAGAAGUGACACUGUCAAACAAAUCAAUCUUGCUGAUAAAAUCGAGGAGAAAUACAAAGUGAAAAGUGAAGAACCAGUCUCACAGCUACUACCUUUGGGACUGUCCACUGUACAGCAUCAUGCAAUACCAUUCGACCUCCCUGGUGUUGAAGUGGUGGCCAGCACUUGUGUGAUCAUCACCAACUCACCCCAAACCUUCCACUGGGUUGGCUAUGGGUUCAAGCUCACCAUACUCCAGGGCUCCCUGCCAGCUGGUGUUGACCAGUGUCGACUAGACAUCAAGGCCAGUGUAGCUGGACAGUACCAGUUUCCUGACAAUCUCCAGUUGGUCAGCUGUGUCUUCUGGGUACGUCCUUAUCCCUCGGGUCGAUUCCAACAGCAGCUGACAGUCGAGAUACAGCACUGUGCCAAGAUGACCAGCUCCACUAACCUCUCAUUUGUGAGAGCACAUUGCUCCCAGAAGAGUCUGCCCUACACAUUCAAGCAGCUUGAAGGGCGUGGCUCGUUCACUGAGCACAGCUCGUAUGGAUCACUGGAGCUGAACCACUUUAGUGGACUGGCUGUGACCGGAGAGGAUGUGGAGAAACACUACACUGCCAGCCUCUACUACUAUCCACACAUCAAGCAUACCACAAAGAUUGAUGUAGUAUUGUCUUGGAAUGAUGAAGCUCACGUUUCGGCUGUGGAACAAUUUUAUGAAAGAAAGGGAGCAGAGAAAGGGUCCCAUCUCACAAUAGAGUUUGAAGUUCCGAGUGAAGCAAUAUCUCUUGACAUUCCCAUGCUUGAGGGUAUUGAGAAAGAUGGAUGGAAGAUUUACCCACUAGUAACACCUAUUGUUACAAGAGGGGAGGUGGACUCAUUUAAGCCUCGUACAUACGUUCCGUCCCUCCAACUGAAAGCCAAAGUGCUGCGCCGUGAUGAAGCGCAAGAUCUUUCUUAUGUUUUAAAUCUGAUAGGAGCCAGGGAACCCAAGAACAAGCUGUUAGUGGAAGUAGAGCUAGCAGAAAGAAUUAAUACUUAUGCAGACUCUCUCCUUGCCGAUCGAGCACUUGUACCAUCACAAGGCAUUCAAUUUGCCGAUGAUAAAGGAGAUAAGAAUCAAUUAGGCACUAAUGAUUUGCAAGAUGUGUUUUCUCAAUUGGUGGAGGCCGCUAAAGAUUGGUUUGAGUUGGGCCUCGCUUUGAGGAUUAAAGUUGACAUCCUUGAGGGCAUUGAUUCUAAUAAGAACAGCGAUAGAGCUCGCUUGCGUGAAAUGCUGACCCACUGGCUGCGAUCUUCACCUUCUCGUACAUGGAGUGACAUUUGCAAUGGCCUUAGAAGUGACACUGUUAAACAAAUCAAUCUGGCAGAUAAAAUUGAGGAGAAAUACAAAGAGUACUCGUCCCGACCACGCCCCAUCACUGGUGAGAAGAGAGAGGCCACUGAACACACUGAGCAAGUUCCCCCCAAGAGACCUCGGUCAGAGGAGCAGUGAGGGAGGAGAAUGGACUACGUACACUGUCCAGCUCGUCUGUUGAUGGUCACCUCCUCAGAGAAGAGAGAACCACACAUGCAUGACACCCCAUAUAGAUUGCUCAGGAAUUUCCUUCAAUGACUGUAUAAUUAAUUGCUAGUAAAAAUUUUAUUAUUUAUAUA